CUGGUAGCUUGUGUCCGGAAACACCUUCCUCGUAGCGGGUCUCACCGCGUAUAUACUCUCUUCCUUACCUUCUUCUCACCUCUCUGUUUCACUUCUUAGUCCAGUGGAUCGCUCGCUUCUACCAACCGGUUUUCCUCCUUCACCGUUCACCAGCUCUCGAUCUCUUAGAUACCCCAGCUACCGCAUCAGCAAACCGCAACCAUGACGGAAGAGCACAAGCGUCCUCGUGUCUUCUUCGACAUCACCAUUGGUGGUACCCAGGCCGGGCGAAUUGUUAUGGAAUUGUACGAUGACAUCGUCCCCAAGACCGCCGAAAACUUCCGUGCCCUCUGUACCGGCGAAAAGGGCGUCGGACAAUCCGGAAAACCCCUCCACUACAAGGGCUCCAUCUUCCACCGCGUCAUCAAGUCCUUCAUGAUCCAGGGCGGAGACUUUACGCAGUUCAACGGCACGGGCGGCGAGAGCAUCUACGGCGAGAAGUUUGAUGAUGAGAACUUUGAGAGGAAGCACGAGCGGCCGUUUUUGUUGAGCAUGGCGAAUUCGGGACCGGGUACGAACGGAAGCCAGUUCUUCAUCACGACGGUGCCGACGCCGCAUCUCGACGGGAAGCACGUUGUAUUCGGCGAAGUCAUCAAUGGCAAGGGCGUGGUGCGGCAGAUUGAGAAUCUGCCGACGCAGAAGGGCGAUGGAGAUAAGCCGUUCGAUGACGCCGUCAUUGCUGACUGCGGCCAACUCACCGGCGAAGCCUACGAAACCGCCACGCAGAAAAUCACCGACCCCACCGGCGACCCCUACGAAGACUACCCGGAGGACCAACUCGCCGACCCAGACGCCGAAUGGAAAGGCACCGAGAUCCUCGAGAUUGGCACGAAGCUGAAAGACCUGGGCAACGCGGCCUUCAAGAACGGCGACCUCAAGCUCGCCGUGGCGAAGUACGCAAAGGCCCUGCGCUAUGUGCACGAGUACCCGGAACCCCUGGACGAGGAUCCAAAGGACCUGGGCGAGAAGCUGGAUGCGCUCAAGGCCGUGCUGUAUUCGAAUUCGGCGCUGCUGCAGAAUAAACUCGGGAGGUUCAAGGAGGCGGUCGAGAGUGCGUCCAAGGCGCUCGAGGUUUCCGGGUUGGGCGACAAGGAGCGGGCAAAGGCGCUGUUCAGGAGGGGACAGGCGUAUGCGGCGAGGAAGAACGAUGAGGAUGCGUUGGCGGAUCUAGAGGAGGCGGUGAAGUUGGUUCCUGGGGAUGCGGCGGUGGUGAAGGAGCUCGAGGCCGUGAAGAGGAGGGUUAAGGAGAGGAGGGAGAAGGAGAAGAAAGUCUAUGCGAAGGCUUUUGACUUUGCUUAGGGUGAGGUCAUAGUGGCCGAGACUUUCUAGGAGGAGAGGAUAAGGAGGGAAGUCUUAAGGGGAGAGGAAGGAGAAAUGAUAUUUCUGGGCCGUGCGGGUCAGAGGCCAUGCUCAAGCGAGAGGGAGUGAGAGCGGUUCAUGCAGGAAUAUGAUAUCCAAGUCCAUCAAACGGGAUCUUUGUAGAAAUCAACCCUUAAGGCAACUGAACCUGAUUAUUUCAAC